AUGGCGGGUGGGACAAAGAGGUUUCUCGGCCACCCAAGACUCCUGGGCAAACAGCACAGCCCCUCCAGGCCCCCCCGGGGGUCUCUGGCGCACACGCACCAGGCAGCCUGGGAGCGGGGUCGGUGGGGGCGUCCUCCCUUCUCUCUCUCUCCGCAGACAGACUCGGAGGAGCAGACGGCGCGGGCGCUGUACCAGCGCUGGGAGCGCUACCGCAGGGAGUGCCAGGGGACCCUGGAGGCCGCGGAGCCCCCGGCAGGCCUCGCCUGUAAUGGGUCCUUCGAUAUGUACGUCUGCUGGGACUACGCUGCACCCAACACCACUGCCCGUGCUUCCUGCCCCUGGUACCUGCCCUGGCACCGUCACGUGGCUGCAGGCUUUGUCCUCCGCCAGUGUGGCAGUGAUGGCCAUUGGGGACCUUGGAGAGACCAUUCUCAGUGUGAGAACCCAGAGGAGAAUGGGACCUAUCAGAACCAAAUGCUGAUCUUCGAGCGGCUACAGGUCGUGUACACCGUGGGCUACUCCCUGUCCCUGGCCGCGCUGCUGCUGGCCCUGCUCAUCUUGAGUUUCUUCAGGCGGCUGCACUGCACGCGCAACUACAUUCACAUCAACCUGUUCACGUCUUUCAUGCUCCGGGCAGCAGCCAUCCUCACCCGAGACCGGCUGCUACCUCCACCCAGCCCUGCACCCGGGGACCAGGCCCCUAUCCUGUGGGACCAGGCUCUAGCCCCCUGCAGAACGGCCCAGAUCGUGACCCAGUACUGCGUGGGCGCCAACUACACCUGGCUGCUGGUGGAGGGCAUCUACCUGCACAGCCUCCUGGAGCUCGUGGGAGGCUCCGAGGGGGGCCACUUCCGCGGCUACCUGCUCUUCGGCUGGGGUGAGCCCCGACCCUGUCCCCUGCCCCGGUUUUCAAUCUCUUAGCUCUACAACCCCUACUCCAGGUGCUGGGAGCGGAACGACGUCAAGGCCAUUUGGUGGAUCAUACGCACCCCUAUCCUCAUGACCAUUUUGAUUAAUUUCUUCAUCUUUAUCCGAAUCCUUGGCAUCCUCGUGUCCAAGCUGAGGACCCGGCAGAUGCGCUGCCUGGACUACCGGCUAAGGCUGGCUCGCUCCACCCUGACGCUGGUGCCGCUGCUGGGCGUCCACGAGAUGGUGUUUGCUCCUGUGACCGAGGAACAAGUCCGGGGCCACCUGCGCUUCGCCAAGCUCGGCUUUCAGAUGUUCCUCAGCUCCUUCCAGGGCCUGCUGGUCAGCUUCCUCUACUGCUUCAUCAACAAGGAGGUGCAGUCGGAGAUCCGCCGAGGUUGGCACCGCUGCCGCCUGCGCCGCAGCCUAGGAGAGGAGCCGCACCAGCCCCCACAGCGUGCCUCUCUGACCCUGCAGUUGAGCUCCGGACCCAGACAGGUCGCCACUGGCCGUGCCCUGUCCUCGGGGAACCUCCCAGGGCCUGGGGAUGAGGCCAGCCGGGUCUUGGAAAGUUACUGCUAGGCAGCGGGAUUCCUGUGAUCAUUCAGUUAGCAUGUAUUUAUUGAGCGCCUACUGUGUACCAGGCCCCUUGUGGAGGGAGGGCGCUGGGGAAAUGGGGUGGAAGGAAACAGAGAAAGGCCCCUAGAGUUCAAAAUUGAGUGGUGGAAACAGACCCUUAAGACAAUACAUGGUUAUCUAUAGGCUGUGGAGUGGAAUGGCUUAUGAAGGAAAAUUAGAAGGGGGCAUAGGGUGGUCAGGGAGGGCAUCUCUGAGGAGGUAACAUUUAAGCCAUACCUGCCAGAGGUGCAGGAGACAACUGGUAGGCAAGAUUCUAGGCAGAAGGAACAGCAUCCACAGAGGCCCUGGGCAGGAAGGAACUUGGCCAUGUCUGAGGAGCAGACAGGUGGCCUCCAUGGCUGGCGCUGGGAUGAGUCAGAGCCAAAUGGAGAGAGAAGUGAGCAGGGGCAAAGAGUUGGGAUUUUAUUCCAGGUGCACUGAAAACUCUUAGCAGGAGCAUCUCAUGGGCUAAUGUGUGUAUGUGUGUGUGUGUGUUUUAUUAAUUGAGAAACAUCAAUUUGUUG